AAAUGAACUCCACCAAUUCCCGAAAAUCACCGUGCUGCAGCAGCAUCCACCACCUCUUAUUUCAUAUCCUUUUUCUCUCUCUUUCUCUUCUCUUUAAUUUCUCUUUCCAUAUAAACGCAGUGUGAAUGCAUGAGUGAACUUUGCCAAGAAAUAAAAAGCGCUUCAUUUUCUUGUCUUCUGGUGCUUAUAUAAUGACGUACUAGCUAGCCUCAUUUUUCUUCAUCCUUAUUAUUUCUCUCUCUUUCUUUCCCUAUAUUCAUUUUCUGUGCUUUGAAAGAUGACUGGGGUUCCUCAAGAAGCACCCGUUUCUCUUGAUCAGCUCAAGCAGAUACUGGAUGAGUUUGCAAAGGAGAGGGAUUGGGAGCAGUAUCAUAGCCCAAGGAACCUCCUUUUGGCUUUGGUGGGUGAAGUGGGAGAAUUGUCUGAGAUAUUUCAGUGGAAAGGGGAGGUUCCAAAGGGUCUUCCAGAUUGGAAAGAAGAGGAAAAGGUUCAUCUUGGUGAAGAGCUUUCAGAUGUGUUGCUUUACCUUGUGAGGCUCUCAGACAUUUGUGGUGUUGAUCUUGGCAAAGCUGCUCUAAGAAAGGUCCAACUCAAUGCCAUAAAAUACCCAAAAAAGGUUAAUGAUGAUGCAAUUACUCAAGAUGCUAAUUGAUGAUAAUCCAUUGGUGCCUAUGGUUGUUGUAGUUGCUAUUUUAGGGGGGAACAGUAGGAAAGUGGUUUUGGUAUAUGUUCUUCUAUAAAUGGGUGGAGGCUAGCAUUGUUGGAUUGGUUUGGUACUAGGAACAUUUAUUCUCACCUAUGGCAUAUUGAAUCGAAUCCUAUUUGAUGUAUCAAAUAAUAAUAGAUUAGCUUUGGUGAAAUGUGUCUCUAUUGACAAUAUUUUGAAAGAAUUUAAUUUUGACAUUUUUUA